CAAAAUGCGAUUUUAAACCUAACCCAAACCUUAACCACACUGAUAACGUUAUGCCUAACCCUGACCUUAAAUUAAGACCAAAAUGCUCAUUUUGUUUUAAUGAAUUUUUACGAUACAGCCAGUUUUGUCUGUGGCUGUGGUAACUAGUGGAAACCCAGAAAGGUUGGUUUGUUGUUGGCAGCUUCUGUUUUGAUUAAAUAAGCAUUCGUCUGGAGAACACUUUUGACCCUGGAAAAAAAAAAAAACGAUCGUCAUUCUGGUUGGUAUUCAGAAUCCGCAGUAACUUGCAGGCACAGCUUCUCGAGUACAGCGCGGUCAAAAGCAGAAUUGGCCAAAAUGAUGUCUGAAGAAAGCGCGCCCAUGAGGCACAUUGAUCUUGGGUCUCCUCCUCCUCUGGAACCACCAGCGGCUGGUUACAGGUUCCCCGGCCCUCCGCCACCCAACUACUCCUGCACUCUGACCCCUGAGCUGGUAGCCAAAGCCCGGGAGGAGCUACAGGAGAAGCCAGAGUGGAGGCUGAGAGAUGUGCAGGCCCUGAGGGACAUGGUGCUGAAGGAGCAGCCUAACCUCCGAACCAGGCUGGACGAUGCCUUCCUCCUGCGCUUCCUACGGGCCAGGAAGUUUGACUAUGACCGUGCCAUGCAGCUUCUCCUCAACUACCAUACCAGUCGGCGGGCCUGGCCUGAGGUCUUCCAGGACCUGAAACCUUCCACUAUCAAACAUGUGUUAGACCUGGGCUUCCUCACUGUCCUGCCCCAUCCAGACCCUAAUGGACGCUACAUCCUCUGUCUCAGACCUGGAAAAUGGAAAGCGAAUGAUUAUCCAUUUGAGGACAACAUCCGGGCAAUUUACCUGACUCUGGAGAAGCUGAUUCAGCCAGAGGAGACUCAGGUUAAUGGGAUCGUCAUCUUAGCAGACUACACUGGGGUGGGCUUGUCUCAGGCAUCCAAUCCGGGCCCAUUCCUGGCCAAGAAGGUUGUCAGCAUCCUUCAGGAUAGCUUCCCAAUAAGAAUCAAGGCUGUUAACAUCAUAAAUGAGCCCCGGAUUUUCAAAGGGAUCUUUGCAAUAAUUAAGCCUUUUUUGAAGGAGAAGAUGGCAGAGAGGUACGUUCUCCAUGGGUCAGACCUGCGCUCUUUGCACCGCAACAUCCCUCGAUCCGUCCUGCCAGAGGAGUAUGGUGGGGUAGCCGGCCACCUCGACAUGUCAGCCUGGUCGAAGACAUUACUGGACUCUGAGGAGGAGUUUAUAGUGGAGUUCUGCCAGCCAGAUCCUCUAGAGGGCGUAGUUCUCCCAGACUCCAUGCCGUUUGAAGGGCAGCAGCCUGGUGGUGCUGCCCAGGAUGAUGACACCUUCAGGGGGCUACGCUCUCAGCUCUACUACUGUUACUGAUACUGACCGUCACCUCUCUCUCGUUUAACUACUGUGAGGACACUAGCCUGGUCCCAGAUGUGUUUGUGCUGUCUUGCCAACGCCUAUAGUCAUUUAUGUGACAAUGGCCAUAGGAGUUGGUUAAACAGCACAACUAGAUCUGGGACUAGGCUAUGAGAACACUACUGUUUCUUUUGAAACAUUUAUCUAUGUUUUAUCAUGGUCCCAUGGGGCAAGUUUUCAAUGUUAUUUAGUAGAAAUCACUACAGGAGGAGCUAAAUAGUCAUCUGGGCCCAUAUUCAAAAAGCGUCUCAGAGUAGGAGUGCUGAUUAUAGGAUUGUUUUUUACCUUUGAGAUCAUAAUUAAUACAAUUAUAUGGACAUGGGAGACGCUUUAUGAGUUCAGGGCCUACUACAUGGCCAAGCAUAAGGCAGCUUCAGGUUUUGGCAAAGAGGCUUAAUAGGAGCUGCCUCUCGGUUUCAAACAAUUUCCAGUGUUACAUUUAUUUCCUAUAGAGGAAGACGAUCAACUGUGCCCAUUUGAAAUGCCACUCACUUCCGCUUUCUUCUUAAUUUCUCAGAAUACAUGUACUGAGGCUGUUCCUGUUAGACUUCCUCUGCAUGGUCAUAUUCAAACACCAUGUUGUAGCCUUACCCGAUCCAUACUUUGCCUUAAUCUAUUUUCAAUAAUGAUAGGGGUAAUGAAUGGGUUAUGGUUAAUGGGUUAUGAAUGGGAUUUCAUUUGUAACCAUAUAAGGUUGCCACUUUUAUCCAGAGCAAUGAGUGGAUAGCCAACAAUUUUAGCAUGUGUAUGUGAUCCCUGCAGGAAUUGAAACCAGUGAUGAACUUGCCAUCGGUGGUGCCACGCUCUUACUAACUGAGCCACUCAAGACCUGUAAUGUCUGAGUUACUGAGAGCCCUAGCCUACAGUAUGACAUGUGCAUUCGUUCUUAUUAAGACACGUUUUACUAGUGCUGAUCAGUUAAUACAGCCUGACUUCAAGGACGUAACAUAGUAAACACAAAUCUGUGACACUCAAAUUACAGUAGUAUGAUACGUUACAUUUGGUAUGGUUACAUAAGACAGAAGGUUACUUAAGCCAAAAACUAAAGUGGGGAGGAUGGGUGGGCGUAUAACGCAAACGUCUAGCAACCCAAAGGUCACGUGUAUCGAACAACAUCACAGACAACAGAUUUGUGUUUACUAUGUUACAUCUACCCCGGAGUCCAGGUUGGUUAUUUCUCGUUCAUCCUGAUUUGAUUUCACCCACUAGCAUUGUAGAUAGUGGAUAGUUCUAAAAUAGUAACUACAAUAUUACAUAUUAAUGUCAACAUAGCUGACAUUUAUCUACAUGAAAUGGCCUUGUUAAUGCAUUGUUCUAGACAAGUUUGAAUCCACAGACAGAUAAUUAUUUUCAUAAUUACAAACCGAUACCUGCUUUAUGUUUUCUUUGCAUUAUACCAAUAGUGACAACACUUCGAGCUGGUUUCCUGGACACAGAUUAAGCCUAGUUCUAGACUAAAAAGGAUGUUCAAUGGAAAUUCUCCAUUAGUACAGAACUAAGCCUAAUCUGUGAUUGGAAAACCAGCCCAUAAUGUUCUGUUUUAAUCUCAACCCAGGGUACAGAAGCCAGUUCUAUGGGGGACUCCACCCAGCAACACUGGAGCUAUAAGUCAGUUUUUGCCAAAUAUUUUAUUAUUACCACAGGUCAUUUAGAGAUGAGGUUAUAUUGCCACCAAGAAUGUGCAAAGCUGUCAUCAAGGCAAAGGGUGGCUACUUUGAAGAAUCUCAAAUAUAAAAUAUAUUUUGAUUUGUUUAACACUUUUUUGGUUACUACAUGAUUCCAUAUGUGUUAUUUCAUUGUUUUGAUGUCUUCACUAUUAUUCUACAAUGUAGAAAAUAGUACAAAUAAAGGAAAACCCUUGAAUGAGUAGGUGUGUCCAAACUUUUGACUGGUACUGGAUAUAUAUAUCAGCCUAUAUAUAUCAGCCAUAUAUAUAUAUAUAUAUAUAUAGGCCUAUUAUUCAUUAUUUUAUGAAAGACCAAAGUGUUUUUGAAAUAUUUUAUUUUGUCAUUGUUACAUUGCACAAUGUUAUAUUGUAAUUAGCUAAAACGUUUAUUUUUCUAAGCAUGUCUGCAAUCAAUCAAGUGUAUUUAUAAAGCCCUUUUUACAUCAGCAGAUGUCACAAAGCGCUAUACAGAAACUCAGCCAAAAACCACGAACAGCAAGCAAUGCAGAUGUCCUCCCUCAUAUUGCAGAGUAAACCUAUAUCGAUCAAGAGAUUAAUAAACUAAUUUCAAAUGCAGAUGUUGUGUAUUCUGCAAAACCCUUACAUGUCCAUUAGGCCUAGAGGAUGGUUUGCACAUAGAGAUCUUAGGGCAGUGUUCCCCAACUAGCGGCCCACAGGACAAAUUUGGCCCGCGGGUGAUUUUAUUUGGCCCCCCAAGUUUUCUGAGCAAAAAAAGUGUUUAUUUUAUUGUUGGACAUAAAAGACUAAAAACACCA